AUGAAAUUGGUCAACUGCUUGGCUGCAGAUGACUCAAAUUUAAUGCAUCAGGUAAUGCGAAUGUACGAUGAAGAAUUUACAGACGCCCAGUUAUUAGAUCAAGGCGUUUCCGUAGACGAUACGGAGGCUAUCGCUAUUCUAGAGUCCAGUACAAUAUUCGUCAAUGGGCACUUCGUGGUCCCUCUGCCGUGGAAGAAGAGUGUCAAUACCGGUAUGGGAAACUAUGCGUCAGUGCUCUCGAGGUUAAACAGCCUGAAGCGGCGCUUAAUUAAUGACGAGGCGCCACGGUUCCGUUACGUACAAACGAUGAAGACGACUAUAGAGAAGGGAUAUGCCGUGCCAGUCCCAGGGGAACAGUUACACUGCGACUUUCAUCCGCGUUGGUACCUGCCUCAUCAUGCAGUACUCAACCCAAAAAAGCCGGAAAAGCUGCGUAUAUUUUUGGGUUAUGCGUCCAAACACAAGGGGCAAUCGUUGAAUGACAUGCUCUAUCAAGGUCUAGACACCACCGUGAAUUUAGUGGGUAUACAUGUGAGAUUCCGUAAAGAAUGUGUAGCUGUUACAGCUGACAUAGAAGAGAUGUUUAUUCAACGUCGGUGGAUGAGGGAGUACACACCAACCUUGCAAAUGCGACAAAAGUGGCUUUCGAAGCAUCGCAAUUUCAAAUCAGGCGACAUCGUAUUGAUGGCAUCUGAAAUCACAACACGUGGCAAAUGGCCCAUGGGCAUCAUUAAUGCUGUGGAGACAGACGGAGAUGGACUCGUGCGAAUGGCUGUGGUGCAUACGGUUGGCGGGAAGAUAAGAAGAUAA